GUCAACACAACACCAUCCCGGCAUAACACACCAGGACCACCAUUGCCACCCGUAUCACCCAAUACUGCAACUCACCGCAUUCAUCUACUCUUCAGACCACCGCAUCUGUUCACACGGCGACGUACCGCACCCGUCCACUCUGCUGCGCCACUAGCGCGAGCAACCCGGCCACCAUGAAGCUCACCUUCAAGGACUUGAAGCAGCAGAAGUUCACUAUCGAGGCGGAGCCGAGCGAGACGAUCGGUGCAGUGAAGGGGAAGAUCAGCGCUGAGAAGGGAUGGGACCCAUCAACGCAGAAGCUCAUCUACUCGGGCAAGAUUCUACAGGAUGACAACACCAUUGAGUCCUACAAAAUCGAGGAGAAGGGCUUCAUAGUCUGCAUGACUUCCAAGCCAAAAGCCGCAGCCACGAAACCAGCAGAACCUGCGACUCCAGCGAAGGCAGCAACGAGUACCCCCGCUCCACCAGCAGCACCCGCACACACGACUUCCUCCACUUCUCAACCGCCUGCGACUCCAUCUCCCGCACCAGCUUCAGCCUCGGCCUCGAAUGAGGAGCGUUCGUUCAAUGACCCAUCUGCACUCGCCAUGGGCGAGCAGCGAGCAGCUGCCAUCGCAGGAAUGGAAGCCAUGGGCUUCGCCCGUGAUCAGAUCGACGCCGCGAUGCGUGCGGCAUUCUUCAAUCCCGAUCGCGCUGUUGAAUAUCUCCUGAACGGUAUACCUGAGAGCGCGCGACAAGAGCAGCGUGCAGCCGCAGCAUCACCUCAGCCGGCUCCGACACAAGGACAGCAGCCAGCGGACACGGCUGGAGCUGAGACUACCCAGCAGCAGGCUUCUGAUGAGCCGGUCAAUCUGUUCGAGGCCGCCGCACAAGCUGGUGGCGGAGGCAGAGGAGGUGCUGGUGGCAGAGGUGCUGGUGAUCUCGGUGCUCUUGGUGGUGGCCGAGGUGGGGCGCAAGGUGGUCAAACAGAGUCAUCGCAACUCGACUUCCUGCGCAAUAAUCCACAGUUCCAGCAGUUGCGAACUGUCGUCCAGCAACAGCCCCAGAUGCUCGAGCCGAUCCUCCAGUCGGUGGCAGCCGGCAAUCCACAGCUUGCGCAGAUCAUUACGCAGCACCCCGAGCAAUUCAUGCAGCUUCUUGCUGAGGAUGCGGGAGACGAUGUGGCGAUUCCGCCUGGCGCACAGGAAAUCAGUGUUACCGCGGAAGAGCGCGAUGCCAUUGAACGUCUGUGCCGUCUUGGGUUCGAUCGAGACUUGGUCGUGCAAGCCUACUUCGCAUGCGACAAGAACGAGGAACUAGCUGCCAAUUUCUUGUUCGAUCAGCCCGAUGAGCCCGAUGAGCCUGGGGUCUGAGAUGGGAGAUCUUUGACAUGGACCACUAUUCCAAGGGUAACGAUUGAAUGUACUAUCGAACUCCACAACUCGCAUUAUGAGCGCGAGCACGGGUCACGAAUGACAAUGACAGCGAAUGCAUAUUACGCACGCCUCAGCCGGGUUGCGUGAACUCGUAGCUGGCCUUCGGCAUGGGACUUGUAGUUGCCACCGCUGUAAAUAGCUUGCUUCGAGUGAGAAAAAACCCUCAUUACAAUAAUCUGCAGCGUAGACCACAUGGGAAUGAGCCAUUUUUGCCUGAA